UACAUUUUUAAAGCAUCUUUCCAAACUCUUUGAGGGACACUGUACAGUCUAAAACCAACAGUUUAAACUAACAAAUACAAUAACAAAGAAUAAAAGAAAAAAACAAUACAAGGUAACACACAGUGAUUCAUAGAGAAAAUGUCAUUUUAAAGAGGUGAGUUUUGAGAUUAGAUUUAAAGACAGAGAGGGAGUUGAUGUUUCUAAUGUCUGGUGGGACAACAACAACAACAGGUCAUAGAUUAAAGGGGCACUCAGAUUCUUCCAUAUUUUCUAUGUAGAGAAAUCUUGAUUUAUUCCUCUGCAUAAAGUCGUCAGGACAGCUGAAGUUGUGGAUUCUACCGCUGACGGGGGAGCGUGUGUUAUGGAUCAUUGGUUUUGUGCUGCAUGUAAACAAAGCAGCAGUCCAAACUAGCUUCAGGAUGCCCAGCACAAUCUAGAAAAAACAGCCUCUACAGAGCGGUCAGAUGAGCACUGAGUAAGUAAUAUAUUCGGCCGUUUAUUGUUUAGCAUACGCUCUGAAGUUGGAGUUAGUGACGUGUUAUUUGUGAACGAUUUGUUCAAUAUGAACUGUGACUCGGGAGGAACGAGUCCUCUCAGUCAACAAUUUGUUCAUUUUCAUGCAGUACCUUCUCUCGCCACAUGGCAGCAGCUGGACACACUUGGUGCUCUGGUGGACUUUGAACCAGCUACCUUUCGCUCCCCAAGCCAACGCUCUACCAACUCAGAAAAAGUUAAUUUUCUUAUUUAUCAGGAUGGUGACACGUUUUUGCUUGGAAUUCUAACCAGCUGUUCACUAAAAAUGAAGAGUGGGAGGUGAAGUAUAAUAACAUGAGUCCUCUCAGUGAACGAUUUGUUCAGUUCCAUGUGUGAUAAGUGAGACCCAAUAAUAAGUAGAUCAACUAGGCAAUCGCUUUAAUCUAUUGACCUGAAAUCGAUUGGUCUGGUCUCCUCCCACAUACCUGGGAACAUCGCGCUGCUUUCCUCAAUCGAGUUAAGACACCAGUGAGGAAACAUCGCUUGUUACUCGUGACUAACAAUUUCUCCUUGCUUUAGGUAGGUUGAAGGCGUGUGGCCUUACAAAAAAAAGCACAAUGAUAAGUGCCAAACAUACGUGACAUGGACUAAGAUACAUUAAUAUGCACGGGUCUUCCGGAGGAGUCAUUUAAUUGAGCAGCGUGGCGUGUGGUGCCUAAGAGCGGUUAGCCUCCAUUUGGUAAUAGUUACAGAAACAAUGUUAUGGUUUAACUCAUUUAUUUUGUGAACUGUUACAUGUAUGUUGUAUGUGUAAGUUUAUGCACAAUCAAUCGCGUAAAGACACCAGUGAGGAAACAUCGCUUGUUACUCGUGACUAACAAUUUCUCCCCGCUUCAGGGGCGUAACAUUUGCAGUACCUUCUCUCGCCACAGGGCAGCAGCUGCAUAAACUCAGUCAGCAGGACAGGAAAAAUUAUUGGUUCACGACUCAAUCAACUGAGCGUUGAUCCUCAGUGAUUCGUUCUUUUGUUACAUGACAGCCAGGCUCCUCAGGCGCUGUAGCGAGCAGGAAGGACUCCAGUUUGUUCUCGCUUUGUUCAUACGAUCCUUAUGGAUCGUUCCUUCGUUCUUUUGUCAAGUGACAGCUGUAGAUCAGCUACGGGGCUGUGUGUACUGAGAAACAAGGAAAUGAAUGAUAUCUGAUAGCUGACAUUCAUUUAUUUGUCACCUGAUGCCUGACAUACUGUACAUUCUUUAUUCAUGGAAUCGUAAAUAUUAUCAGUCUUUGAUUCUGGUGGAUGUGUGUAGUUUUAUUGUGUAAAUAAGGUAAAGUCUGUUACUUUCGAACAUUCAAUAUGUUGAUUUUGUGGUCCUGUUUACUCUGCCAUAAUAAUAAUAUUAAUAAUAUUAAUAACAAGAACAACAACAAUAAUAUUAAUAAUAAUAAGAAAAGCUAAGUAUUAGUUACUUUUUUCCUCUAAAAGUCUCACUAAUUGCCAAUAAGUUUUACUUUCACUUGUUCUCUACCAGCCUUCACGUAAAAGGCAGCUCAGGCUACAGAGUUUAGUUCAUCGUUCUCAUUCAUCAUUCACAGUUCAGGCUCUGUGGCAAGCAGCAAGUAUUAUAGUUCUUUUGGGGUUCGUUAAUACGGAUCUUUACAGAUCGUUCGUUCCUUCACUUGUCACGUGACAGCCGAGCCGCUCAGGCUCUGUAGCGAGUAGCAAUUGCUACAGUUUGUUCCUGAUUCGUUCAUACGAUCUUUACGUUCAUUUGUUCAUUCGUUCAUUUAUCAUGUGACCGCUACCAAGCGACUGUCGCGCUGUUAAACAACAAUGGCAAAAAUGCAGGACAUAAGUCACGUUAAUGUGGUGUGUAUUUCCUAGAUUUUAAUUGCUUGUGGCAUUUUGUGAUUAAAAUUUGUCAGCUGAAGCAAAUCAGAGAACCGCAACCACAACAACGACCCAAAGCUGUAGAUGAACGAAUUGAACAAAUGACUCGAAACAUUUUGUUCACUUUACUGAUCGAGAGUCAAAGAUCCGAGUCAGUUAAAAGAAUCAAACUUUCCAUCUCUAGUUUGAGUAAAGUUAUGAGCUGCUGUUUGUCAUGUUUUGGACACGGGAGUACUCCUAAGUAGCGUUAGCUUACUUUGCUAACAUUGUACAUUAGCUUAGCUGGCCACUACUCUAAUACUAAUAAAAUAAUUCAUUUCAUCUUUUUGUAGGCAAUGUCGGCUGGCCACGUAUCAUCACAGAGACUUUUAGAAGGGACAACAGCAGAUAAAGAAAAGAGGGUUUGUACGGUGGCCCUGAAGUGCAAAUUACAAACAAAUAAAAAGAGAAAACACACCGACAAUAGGAGAAAACACAAAGACACAACAACAUUAAGAGAAAACACAACAACAUUAACAGAAAACAUAACAGUAAGAGAGAACACCACGAAAAAAAAAACACAGCGACGUUAAAGGUAAAAUAUUAAGGGUUAUUUAACAAAGAAUUUUGGAGACAGGUCUUAUAAGAAUAACGCUGCCAUUUACAGCUGCCUGGAGACUGAAAAACGUGAUUGGUGCUUAGACAGAAACAGUGGCGGUGAGGUUCAUGGCUGGUGAGGCACUGACUUCUCCAGAGUCAGACUUACAAUAAAAGGACUUGAAUGAGUAUCUAUAUGUUCACAUAAACACAAUAACUUUAAUUAUAACAGAGGAACAGAGGGGACCAAACAAUGAUACUGGCUUUAACUCACUUUACUCACUUAAAACAGAACGUUGACUUUAAAAAAAUACCACAGGACCUAACACACUUACUGUACAAUGGACAUUAAUAAAACAUGAGACUUUAUUUCGGUUAACACAGGACUUCUGCCUUAUUUAGUUAAUACAGCACUCGUACUUUUAGUUAACACAGGACUGCAAAUCAACACAAGACCUUGACUUUACUUGACUUAGAAGUUGGUGUCAUCAGUUAUUUUUUAGAAAACAGAAAAAACAUUUGUGGUCUUAGUUUUAUAUAUUUUAUACAUUAUCCUGUGUUGGUCUAGACGUUAUCACAGGUUGAAAGCAGUAAGCAGGAAAACAGUACAGUCGGUUUGUGGCAGCACAUCAUGUCAUUCGGGUGUACCAGUCCGUUUGAAAGGAACGAGUUGUUUUCUGUCCCGUGGUUUGAAGCAAACCUUUAAGCUCCGGCGUUGGUCUUCCAUCGGUUUUGAGUUUGUUUUGAAAAUGUUUUAAGUCAAAUUAUAUAAUUCUCCUCCAUCUUGAGAGUUGGGAAAUAAGCUAACUGAGUUUGUUUGCUAACUCACUGGAGAAGCGCCAACGUCACUGCCGCAAAGAGGCGCCUGACAAAAAAAACAAAAAACAGAAUCGCCUGACAGUAGCAGCCAAGCACCUGUCGGCUUCCGUCAUUUCGAGUUUUUUGCACGAUCAAGGAAGUUAUUAUGUCAAACUCACAUCGAUAAACGCAUUAAUGAGCUUGUAGAAAGUGACAGUAAAGAAAAAAAUCUGCAUUUUUUUGGUGACAAGCUGUGAAACAGGAAGCAAUCGCUCCACGAAUUAACCCAUGUAAUGACGGCUCGAGAAUGGGAGCUUGAGCCCUGGGCUGAGGCCCGGCUCAUCGAUGCCUCGCUCGUGUUUCUCCUUAUAUUAGGGCAGAUGUGCAUGCCUUUACUCGUGGAAAUGUUAAGAAAUUUUAAAAGAUGUAGAGGAAAUACAUUUAUAACAGAGAUCAGUGGACAGAUAUUGAUUUCUAUUUUAUGUUAUUAUGUAUUCAUAUUAUGGAAUUUUGUCAGGCGAGGUGAGGCCCCGCCUCCCCUGCCCACCCUGACCGCACAUCACUGUACAGAAACCUAAAACAGACUCCAUGUUAAAGCAGCAAACUACAGUGUUUAACUGUAGUCAAACAGCUGUUCAGCAGUAUGUAGUUUGGUCCUAUUAAAUAUUAAGUCUGUCUAGCAAACAAUGCGUGUGAGGUAGAGAUCCUUGCGGACUCAGUUCACAAAGCAUACAGUGUCUGGUCUAACAGACUGUGUGAGUCCAGGUUGAUCUUAGUAUCUGACAACAGAGGCUGAUACUUACAUCAAGUGAUCAGCGUUGUAUUAGUUAUUCUCCUGUAACAGUAUGUGUUCAAUCCGGUAAAACAUUUGUUAUGUCAGAGAAUGAAACAGACACAAAUGGAUGAACAUGAAAAUGAAGUCAUAAGUAAAAUAUCGAUCAAGUAUUUAAAUAUAUAAUUCCCAUAAGGCCCACUCUAACCAGGGACUCAAAUCAGUGAGUUUCCUCCUAAUUCAGUAAAAAAACACCUCUGCCAUCAGACCCAGUGAGCAGCGCCUGCACAGCUUUAGGCGCUUUCACCUCCUUCACUUUCCCAACACAUCUCUGUAUUAGUCACAUUAGCUGGGAGCAGUGUGAACCAUUUGCUUAAGACAGCAUCAGUGUUUGGAGACCUCAGGCAAAGGCGCUGCUACAUCACACAUCACAUCAGACUGAGCAGCCGUCAGAUGAAAAAUCCCAACCAUGCAUUAGUCACACAAACCAUCCUGGUCGUGAUCCCUGUUGAGCCAGCUCACACACACCUGGACGCUGAAAUCAUCUCAGACACGUUGAGGUGAAUCUAUCAAAAGUCUGAUGUAUAGUACAGACACACUUCAAACUUUUUAGUUACUUUAGUUUCCUCUGCUCCUGGACAUGAUCAAAGCUUCACAGUUCUAAAUUUAAAAACGUAAGGAAAAGAAAGAAAAACCAAACAAAGACAACGCUGUGGCAAGUGUUGAGAUAUGGGAUGCCUGGGAAGUUCAUUUAAAAUGUUCUAAAGACACCUAACAAGUGCCAAAUGCAAUAUUUGAGGAGGGCCAGGAUCUCCUAGAGCACUGCAGGCCUUCCUCACUCCAACGUCUGAAGGCAACAAGGUGAAUGAUUCAAGGUGAGUGAUUCACAAUGAGAGCUUUAAUAUUAAAAUAUCAAGCACUGAGGCGUGUUCUUAAUCAAACAGUGUGAGUCAUUCCUCACUUUACUGUGUAUAAAGACCAAAGUUGAUCCAGAGGAGAUGUUCCUCUUUGCUGGAUCUUUGGAGAAAGUGUUUAAUUGACUAAUCGGUGGAGCAUCGCAGUGAACUGGCUGCAGAGCUGCUGCCGACAUGGCUUCACUCAGGUUCACCCUGUUGGCACUUCUGGCCAUUGGACUCGUGGCUUUGGCUGCAUCAGACUCAUUGCUGCCAUCUGAAGAAUCAGAAGAAACAGAAUGUAAAAAACAUAAACACAGAGCAAAAGGAUGGGAUUAUGACAAAGACGUUGAAGAAUUUCGUAGGGAAGUGAGUGUUAUAAAAGCUCCACCUCCUUGUGUGUGUGCAAAGACACCCCAGUCUCUACCUGAUGUCCCUGCAAAGCCAAUUCCUCCUGCACAAACAGAAGAACCAGCAGAAUCCAAACAAAUCAGUUUAGAACAUCCCAAGAAACCAGAACUUCAUGACCAGGUUACACAUACCAGAAAAUGUAAGCAGACACCCAGACAUCCUAUGAGACCAUGGAAGAACCCUGACCGUCUUGAAAACUUUAAAUAUUCAGAUGAAUGUGAAGAUGAUGAAAAGCGUCUGAAUACAGACAAAUAUGUACAUGACACGACACAUCCUAAACACAACCAUGUCAGCACAAACUAUUAUUUAGGAAAACACAAACAUACUAGACACCAUAACCAUCCCAGCAAAUAUGAUCCAACUGGAAAUACUGAAAAUUCUCAGUAUUUUGAAGAAGAUAAAACACACACUGAAUUAAAACAUUCCAGCAAACAAGAAGAGCACCAAAACAUUAAAGUUGAACACCUUAGGAAACACAAAUAUAAGAUACUACAAUUUACAAGCAAACCAGGUGCUGACAGAUUUUCUAAAACCUCUGACCAUUAUGGAAAACCCAUGCAAACAGAAAAACACCCUAAAAACUAUAAAGAAAUUAGGAAAUUGGACAAUAUAGAAUUCAAACACAACCAAAAAACUAAACACUCUGAUAAUCACCCUGAGGGAACUGAACAUGACCAAAAUUCUGAGAAUCCCAACAAGAAACAAACUUGGAAUUCAGACAAACCUGCACAUCACACACAAAAAAAACAUUCCUUUAAAUCUGAAAUUAAACAUCCUAACACCCAUGAAAUUUCAAGGAAACAUUUCAAUAAAUAUGAACAUUUUGACAAGUCUGUUAGUGGUGCUAAGCAUCAGCAUAGCCUUAAAUGGCUUGAUAAACAUAUAGGUUCUGUCAGGCAUCGCAAUCACCAUGAAUGGGUCGAUGAAUCAGUCGCUUCUAUUAAACAUCAUUAUCGCUCACAUGAAGAGAAAUUCAACCACCCUGAAAAACCUGAAAAUCCUCAAGAACUGGGUCAUCGUGGUAAAUAUGACCAUCCAAACAAACACUCAAAGGCUGAGAAACCUAAACAUUCUGGCAAACAUGCAGAAUCGGAUAAAGCCAAACAUCCUGAGGAACUCGACCAUGUUGGGAAACCUAAACAUCCUGGAAAACAUGAAGAGUCUGAUAAAACUGGACAUCCUGAGGAACCGGACCAUGUUGGGAAACCUAAACGUUUUGGUAAACACCCAGAAGAACAUGGACAUGACAGGAAUUCUGAACAUCCUAGCAACAAUGAACAUCCUGAAAGUCCUAAACAUAAUGAGCAUCCUGAACAUUAUGAACAUCCGGCAAAAAACAAACCUAAACAGCUAAAAAAACCAAGACAUGACAGGAAACUUAAAAGUGCUGAUAAACACUCACAUUCUGAAAAACCUGAGCAUCCUGAUAAUUCUAAAUCUCCUGAACAACCUGAACCAUCUGGAAAACAAAGAGAUACCAAAAAACAAAAGUAUCCUGGCAAGUCAGAUAAAACAAAACAACCUGAGCAACCUAUACACAAUGGCAAACCUGAAGACCAUGUGAAACCACCUGAGAAACCGACACAUUCUGAAAAAUCUGAUGACGAACCUGCACAUCACACACAAAAAGAACCUUCCUUCAAAUCUGAAAUUAUACAUCCUAGCAUGCAUAGAAUUUCAAGGAAAAAUAAAUAUUCCCAGAAAUAUGAACAUUUUGACAAAUCUUUGAGUGGCGCUAAGCAUCAGGAUCACUUUCUGGUUUCUGGUUCUGCCAGGAAUCGCUAUCACCAUGAAUGGUUUGAUGAAUCAGUUGCUUCCACUAAGCAUCAUUAUCGCUCACAUGAGGAGAAACUGGACCACCCUGAAAAAUCUGAAAAUCCUCAGGAACCACAUCAUCAGAGUAAACUCAACUAUCAUGACAAACACUCAAAAGUCCAUGAACCUAAACAUUCUGGAAAACAAGGAGAGUCUGAAGAAGCUAAACAUCCCGAAAAACUCAAACAUGUUAGGAGAUUUAAGAUUAUUGGAAAACAUCCAAAAGAGACUGGACAUGACAGGGAUUCUAAAUAUCCUGGCAACAAUGAACAUCCUGAAAGUCCUAUAUAUCCUGAGCAUCAUGAACAUUCUAAAAAUCCUGUCAACAACGAGCACCGUGAGAAUGCAGAACAUCCUGAAAAUUUUGAACAUCGUGAACACCCUAAUCAUCCUGGCAAUGAUGAACAUCCUGCAAAAAACAAACACCCUAAAAAACCUGAACAUAAGAAAGAACCAGAACAUGACAGUAAACCUAAACAUCCUGGUAAACAUGGAAAAUCUGAUAAAGCUAAACACGCUGAGGAACACGACCAUGUAGGGAAACCUAAACAUAGUGGAAAAUAUCUAGAAGAACCUAGAUAUGACAGGGAUUCUGAACAUCCUGACAAGAAUGAACAUCCUGAAAGUCCUAAAUAUCCUGAGCAUCAUGAACAUUCUGAACAUUAUAAACAUCAUGCUCACCCUAAUCGUCCGGCCAAUGAUGAACAUCAUGCUAAAAACAAACCUAAGAGCCAUGAACAGCUAAAAGAACCAAGACAUGACAGGAAACUUAAACAUCCUGGUAAACACCCAUACUCUAAGAAACCUGAACAUCCUGAAAAAUCUAAAUCUCCUGAACAACCUGAACAGUCUGGAAAACAAGGACAAACUAAGAAACAAAAGUAUCCUGACAAGUCAGAUAAAACAAAACAACCUGAGCAACUUAUGCACAAUGGCAAACCUGAAGACCAUGUGAAACCACGUGAGAAACCGACACAUUCUGAAAAAUCUGAGCAUCAUAGGAAAUCUGAGCAUCCCAACAAGAAACAAACCCUGAACCCAGACGAAGCUGCACAUCACACACAAAAAGAAAAUUUCUUCAAAUCUGAAAUUAUACAUCCUAGCACCCAUGAAAUUUCAAGAAAACAUAAAUAUUCCCAGAAAUAUGACCAUUUUGACAAGUAUCUGAGUGACACGAAGCAUCAGGAUCGCUUUAAAUGGCUUGAUAAACAUGUAGGGUCUGUCAGGUAUCGCAAUCACCAUGAAUGGGUCGAUGAAUCAGUCGCUUCUAUUAAACAUCAUUAUCGCUCACAUGAGGAGAAAUUGGACCACCCCAAAAAAUCUGAAAAUCCUCAAAAACUAAAUCAUUACAGUAAACUCGACUAUCCUGACAAACACUUAAACGUCGAGAAACCUAAACAUUCUGGAAAGCAUGCAGAAUCUGAUAACGCUAAACAUCCUGAGAAACCCGACCAUGUUGGGAAAACUAAACAUCCUGGAAAACAUGGAGAAUCUGAUAAAACUGGACAUCCUGAGGAACCCAACCAUGUUGGGAAACCUAAGCAUCCUGGAAAACAUGGAAAAUCUGAUAAAGCUAAACAUCCUGAGGAAUCUUACCAUGUUGGGAAACCUAAACAUCCUGGAAAACAUGCAGAGUCUGAUAAAGCUAAACAUCCUGAGAAACCUGACCAUGUUGGGAAACCUAAACAUCCCGGAAAACAUGCAGAGUCUGAUAAAGCUAAACAUCCUGAGGAACCCGACCAUGUUGGGAAAUCUAAACAUCCUGGAAAACAUGCAGAGUCUGAUAAAGCUAAACAUCCUGAGAAACCCGACCAUGUUGGGAAACCUAAACAUCCUGGAAAACAUGGAGAAUCUGAUAAAGCUAAACAUCCUGAGAAACCCAACCAUGUUGGGAAACCUAAGCAUCCUGGAAAACAUGGAAAAUCUGAUAAAGCUAAACAUCCUGAGGAAUCUUACCAUGUUGGGAAACCUAAACAUCCUGGAAAACAUGCAGAGUCUGAUAAAGCUAAACAUCCUGAGAAACCUGACCAUGUUGGGAAACCUAAACAUCCCGGAAAACAUGCAGAGUCUGAUAAAGCUAAACAUCCUGAGGAACCCGACCAUGUUGGGAAAUCUAAACAUCCUGGAAAACAUGCAGAGUCUGAUAAAGCUAAACAUCCUGAGAAACCCGACCAUGUUGGGAAACCUAAACAUCCUGGAAAACAUAGAGAAUCUGAAAAAGCUAAAAAUCCUGAGGAACCUGACCAUGUUGGGAAACCUAAACAUCCUGGAAAACAUGGAAAAUCUGAUAAAGCUAAACAUCCUGAGAAACCCGACCAUGUUGGGAAACCUAAACAUCCUGGAAAACAUGCAGAGGCUGAUAAAGCUAAACAUCCUGAGAAACCCGACCAUGUUGGGAAACCUAAACAUCCCGGAAAACAUAGAGAAUCUGAAAAAGCUAAAAAUCCUGAGGAACCUGACCAUGUUGGGAAACCUAAACAUCCUGGAAAACAUGGAAAAUCUGAUAAAGCUAAACAUCCUGAGAAACCCGACCAUGUUGGGAAACCUAAACAUCCCGGAAAACAUAGAGAAUCUGAAAAAGCUAAAAAUCCUGAGGAACCCGACCAUAGUCUGA